CAGUAGUCGCCUUGUGUUCUCGCUACCUGUCUUUUAAUCCUCUUUUCAUUUUUGUGAACUUGGCAUUUAAUAAUUCAUGCGCAUAAUACAGUAACCCAGUAAAUUGUGAGAGGUUUCCUUGGUAAUUAGGACAGCUCAACUCAAAGAGAAUAUCUAGCUGAAUAAGUGUGUGCUCCAAUUUCGUUGAGGAUAUUGUCACAAACCUUUUCAGCACUCUUUCCUUUCUUUCGUGAAGAGAGUAGUGCAGGUUAACGAUUGUAGAUGUUCUGCAUUCAAAACUUUGAUCCGGAAUUUAGUGAUUUCAGUGAGGAUGGUGUAUGAAUGGGGGAGAAGGGCUGGAACUUGAAGCGCAACACCUGCAAUGGUUGGUUUUGUUUUAUUGGUGCGCUGGGGAAAGUAGCUGUAAGCUCUUAUGUGUUUCGGUUGAAGGUGUUUUAUUUCUUAUGAAGGCAUUUGUGUCACUUGUGCCAUUCACGGGUUCGACACGGAAACUUUGUGACAUACGAGCUCAGCUUUGAAGCUCAAGUAUAAUGAAGCUUUUGAAUAAUCAUUGAAUCGAUUGCGAGUUUCGAUUGCAGUAGUGCAACGCAGGCGGUUAGCAGUUCAGUUGCCAUUCAGGAACGCAAUUCCUAUCGGACCACGUGUAUCAUUACGUCAAGAAGAGGAGCAGGAGGAAUAGAAAACCCGAGCUUUUCUUGUCAAGAGGGGUUUACGUUCGACGACAUGGCGCCCAGGAUGCCAACCUUCAACAGAAAUUCCAGGAAUGGAUCGAUGCUACAUAGGAGGCUGAGGAGGAGGGAGUCUAAGGCGAAAACAAAAGGACCGGACCCUCUCGAAAUUUCGGUACCCUCCCUCUACGAUAUCUCACAAAACACUAAUGAUCAGCACAACUUAUAUUCUCGCAGGAUACGAAUCUCACCAGGUGGCCAGUGCACGCCCGUGAACGAAGAAGGGACGAGCGAUGAAGAACCGGUGGCGAAAGAAAAGGUUCUGCAUUCGAUGACAAAGACAAGUAGUGGACGCUUGAAAUUCGGAAUGCCCAAUGUCUCCAUUUGGGACAUGUUGCAUGAAAUCUUAUUGUGGCUCUCGAGACAGUCUAAGGGCAAGAAUAUCAAAGCUUCUAAGGAGGUGCUGAAGACGUAUCACGACUUAUUUCUACACGGUGAAGUGCCAUUUUCGAUAAAAGUACGAACUGCUCUUCGCUCAUGGCCAUUGCGGCCCAUGCUUGUAUGGAUAGAAUUUCUAGCUGCUAUCAUAUCCGUCGUCGUAUACAUUUUGACUACAUACCGAACUGGCGACCGACCACAUUGGCAGCGUUUGGCCGAAAUUGUAUGUGGACUCUUUUUCGUGAUUGAUUACAUUUUGAACGUGUACAGUUCUCCGGUGAGGCUUUACUACAUUUUUUCUUUACGUGGAGUUAUCGACUUUGUGAGCACUCUUCCAAUCAUCUUGUAUUGGAGCCCUAUAGACAAUGGUGCUGCUGGUAUACUACUCUUCUUUCGGGCGUUAAGGAUCAUGCCUCUGAUCACCCAUGUGGGUGGACGGACCGGCGGUGCCAUCAAGGAGCAUAUUUUUAUACUUGUGAUGUACACGUUUGGAGUUGUGUUUAUUGCGGCGGGAGUUCUGCAAUGGGUUGACAACAAGAUGACUAAGCAGAGUGUGAAGGACGAGAAUGCUUGCAGUGAUACUGGCUGCAUGACUUUCUUCGACGCCUUUUGGUUAAUGAUUGUUACUAUGUCGACAGUGGGCUAUGGCGAUAUCACACCCAAGUCGAACUGGGGAAGGGCUAUCUUGAUUGUACUGAUUAUCAGUGCUUUGGUGAUUCUACCUCCUCAGAUCAAUCGUAUCUUGCAUCUUGCCUCCAAAAGGCCAUAUGGAGGCGCUUUUGAUGUGCGCAAGGUCGUAGGUUCACGUUUUUUCAUUGUUAGUGGCAACAUAUCAUUUGAGACAGUGCAAGCUUUUUUGGCCGAAUUUUAUCAUCCUACUCACGAGAAAGACAUGUGGGCUUUUCCUCUACAAAUCGUUAUUAUGGCUCCUUUCAAGCCGUCGUUCGAGUUGAAGUCGUUAUUGAUGCACUACAAGGAUAGAGUGGAGUUCAUCCAGGGCACUCCCAUCAAGGACUCCGACCUUGACCGCGUCAGUGCCAAAGUGGCCUCAGCAGUUUAUCUCCUUGCUGAUGCUCAAGCCAAGGAUCCUGCAGCAGAAGAUGCUGCUCAAAUAGUAAGAACACUGGCUGUUCAUCGUCAUUGCGGGUCCAAAGUACGUGUGAUAGUAGAGUUGCUGCAACCCGAGAAGGCUGCUGAUGCUAUUUGGGAUGAUACCAAAGACGGAAUCGAGAUCAUUUGCCUGGACCCCACUCGAUUUAAACUCUUAGCCCGCAGCUGCCAUAUCAGAGGCUUGUCAACAUUUGUAAUCAAUCUAUUCCGCUCCGGACUGGACAUUUCGAAACCUUUGAAAGAUCAUUGGAUGAUGAAAUACAUGCACGGCCUCCACCAAGAAGUAUUUCCAGUGAUUUUACCGGAUCUAUUUCACGAAGAAAAACUUACAUUUGAGCAGGCUGCAGAGCUUGUAUACCGAAAAUUCAGCGUCAUACUAUUUGGAAUAGACGUCCGUCAUGAAGAAGAUGGCGAAGAGUUUCGCGACGUUGUCUUAUAUCCAAGAGGAAGGGUAUUACGUCCAUCAGAUGUAGGCUUAGUGCUAUCCCCGGAUCUCAAAACAGCUGAAAAGAUUUCUAAACUCGAUACGAUUGUGCAUCGUCGCCCGGGAUUGCUCCAGUUUUUUUGCGCUCCUCAUGUGAAGUCAGGGUUGACGAAGGAUUCGUAUCCCGAGGAAUUCCGUAAGCUUCUUGAUGUAGUGAAGCAAGGAAAGUUUUCGGAUAUGGAAUUAAAUGACAAGUCGCAGUUAAAUCACGAACUCAAAAUUGCUAUUUUCGACCAAAAUGCGAAAGAAUCAGAAGAUUCAUCUGUCCCAAAAGAAGAUAGUUCACGGAAAGGUGACACUGGUGUGAGUCGGCAUUACGGCCUCACUUCUCACUCUUGUUUGGUGAAAGGUGACAAGGAUGGAAGUUCACAUGGUAAGGCCCGAAAGCAAGGAAUUAUUUCGCAGGUCUCUGCAGGGAAGGCGGAGAUGAAAGUCAUAAGUGCCCACCAGACUAGAGACACUAAUAAAUCAUUGUCGAAAGCAAAGAUUUUUGAAGAAAUCUCAGAUUCGUUAAAAAUUCAUCGCCGUGUUUCGUUUCCUCCGGAUUCGAAGAGCUCUGCCAAGACACCACGUGGAGCUAUCUGUAAUCUAGAGGAUGCAAUCAAUGUUAUGAUGAGCUGGCCUCCCCAGGAGCAGAACUACAAACCUGAUCCAGCAAUUCUGGAACGUCAUGCCACUGAAAUUUUGGAAAACCUGCAACGCCGCACGAUGAAACUUGUGAACCUCCCAGUUCCCCACAUCCUAGUGUGCAUACAAGGGAAAUGGCCUAGCAGUCUAUUCUACUUUGUUUCCCAGCUUCGAACGCCCGGUCUACCAAAUUCUCCUGUAGUGAUUUUACAUCCUAAUUUUCCAUCUGAAUCAGACUGGGGCAACGUUGGUUUCUUUGACGAUGUUUACUUUGUGAAGGGUUCCCCUAGCUUGGGGCUAGACUUGUUACGUGCAGGUGUUAUUCAAGCAGAGAAGGUAGUCAUCCUAACGCAAGGUGUCCAGUUGGAGCAAUCCAUUGGAGAACACGCUGACGACCAGGACCGUUCGGCGCCUUCUCAAACCUUUACGCUUGAUGUCAACAAUGUCUUCAUAGCAGCCACAGUGGAGAGAUUGCUGCGACAUGAAACAGCUAAGGAUCGUGUGAUCGUUGAACUUCAGCAAGAAACAGAGAUUCAGUACCUCCAACCACGUCUGUUAUUCGAUCGCCGCAUCUUCGACAGCGAAAUGUAUCUGCGCAACCGAUCUGCUACUUUCCAGUUCGCUCCUCCCUACAUUGGUGGGAAAGCAUUCUGUCCGGCUGCCCUCGGUGUCCUCUUGUACGCGACAUUUUUCAAUCGUCAAACAGUGGCUAUCGUGGACCAGCUUAUAAGUGGAGGUCAAGUCCUUGAAUAUGAUGAGGAGACAAAUGAAGAGCGCGCUUCUGACACUAUUAUUCGGGAUCUUGGCCAGAUUCCCGUACCCAAAUCUUUUGUUGGUUUUACCUUCAGUGAGCUUUUCAUCGGGAUGCUCAGGGAUCACGGUGCCUUGGCCCUGGGUCUCUACCGAAUAACUGGGUUGAAACACGACGGCCUUGGUUUCGUGUACACCAAUCCUCUUCCUACUGAGGUUGUUGAAGCGACAGACCUUGUGUACAUCUUACAUUGAAACAGAGAGGGAUAGAUCUCUUUGCUUGGAGGGUUUGUUUGAAAUCUCCAAAUUAGGGUGAGAAUCAUUAACUUGAUGAGGACAAAUAUGAUUUUGUCCUUUGAAUGGAACUUUAUCCAUAUUUUUGAAUAUAUUUAAAAUCUCAACUGUAAUUUUGCA